AUGAGACUCGCAAUUUGUCUCGUUUUGCUUGUGUCAUCGACUCAUCAGGACUCGUUCCGUGAUCGGCAGUACCAUCGACCAUCGCGUCCAACCACCCCAAGGGCCAUCGAGACCAACCAGACGGUCGCACCUAUUGGGCCGAACGUCUGCCGAAUGAGGGACAGGAGGAGUUACUGUUGUUUUGGGUGGACCAAACAAUCGGAUACUGAUCUCUGUCUUGUUCCAAUUUGCCGAAAUGGUUGUGGUACAGGUCGAUGUAUCCGACCGAACAUAUGUCGCUGCGAGGGAGGGUCCCUGUCAAUGGCCUGUCAAUCCACACAAAUAUCUCCGACACGAGUCAAUGAACCUCAUAGAGAGCCAUCAACUAGUCGUCCUGGUGGCUCUGGGAGCUGCAGGGCACAGUGCAUCAACGGAAACUGUGUCAACGGUAGAUGCCAGUGCAGACCAGGAUAUCAGGGUGAAUUUUGCAAUGAACCAAUUUGUCGCGAGCCGUGUUUGAACCAGGGAAGAUGCAUUGGUCCUGACAGAUGUGCCUGCGUCUACGGCUACACCGGACGGAAAUGCGAGACGGAUUACAGGACAGGUCCCUGUUACACUAAAGUCAAGAAUGGCCAAUGUCUUGUUCAUCUCCAGGGGGUUGUCUGUACGAGACAGAUGUGCUGUGCCACUGUCGGCAAGGGCUGGGGCCAUCCCUGUGAACGAUGUCCAGCGAGACUCGAUUGUGACAUUGGACACAUUAAGACAAAACAGGGAGAAUGCGUUGACAUAAAUGAAUGCGAGGCGAUCCCUGGCCUCUGCGAGGGGGGUAAAUGCCUCAACACCCCAGGAUCGUUCCAGUGCGAAUGCCCGGAAGGACAGGCGAGGGAUAUGGAGACGAACGAGUGUCGGGAUAAGGACGAGUGUCAAGAGGAAGGUGUCUGUGAUGAUGGCAAAUGUAUAAAUACACUCGGGGGAUUCUACUGUGUCUGCAACCCGGGAUUUAUCCAGAGUCAGGAUCGAAAGUUCUGCAUUGAUGGAAGACAGGGGUUGUGCUACACAGCUGUCAAUAGAAAUGGCGAAUGCAAAAAUCGGCUGGCGGUGAGGCUCAGCAAGAAGGACUGCUGCUGUGGUAAAAACAUGGGAAGGGGAUGGGGUGACGAGUGCUACAUCUGCCCGAAUCCUGGGAGUGAUGACUACUACAAAAUUUGCUCCGAAGCCCAGCACAUCGCCAUCAACGAGUGUGUCCUCCGUCCGGACAUCUGCGGUGGUGGCAAGUGCAUCGACACCGACGACGGCUACGAGUGCGAGUGCUUCCCAGGGUAUGUCAAGAACUCAGGGAGGUGCGAUGACGUCGACGAGUGUCAUCAGGGGUACUGCCAGGGUGGAACGUGUCAGAAUCUUCCUGGGAGUUUUCUCUGUCAUUGUCCACCUGGAUUUGUGGUGUCCGGGGAGGGGAAGUACUGCAGUGAUCACGACGAGUGCCAGGAUACGGGAAUGUGCACAAAUGGCCACUGCACAAACAUGAAUGGUUCAUUUCGGUGUCAGUGCAACGACGGUUACAUCCUCUCACCUUCUAAAAACACAUGUACUGACAUUAACGAGUGUUCCGAGAACCCCCGAAUCUGCUUGAACGGCCGAUGCGAGAACACCCCUGGCUCCUACCACUGCGUCUGUCAAUCAGGCUUCACUCCCUCCGACGACAACACCUUCUGCGUGGACAUGGACGAGUGUUCCACCACAGGAAUGUGCAAUAACGGUAGAUGCGUCAACAUGGAGGGCUCAUUCAAAUGUGUCUGCGACUCUGGUUUCCGUUUGGGCCCCGACCAAAGCCACUGCAUCGACAUCGACGAGUGUCUGAGCAGCCCCUGUCAGAAUGGCCGGUGCAAGAACACCCCCGGUAACUUCAAAUGCGAGUGUAACCUGGGCUUCGACCUCGGCCCGGACGGUCGCUCCUGCCUAGACACCCGACGUGACUUGUGCUACUCGCAGUACCGAGACGGCCAGUGCUCCAAUCCAACGUCAACAGCAGUGACCAAAUCCAGCUGCUGCUGCUGCACGAUAAUCCUGGGCCAGCCACUGGGCUGGGGCAGCAGCUGCCAGCGCUGUCCCACCCCGAACAGUCCCGAAUUUGAGGCCCUCUGCCCUCACGGCGCCGGAAUGACCUACAACGGCGAUGACAUCAACGAGUGCGCCCAGAAUCCCAACAUCUGCGUGAACGGUGGCUGUGAAAAUCUCAUGGGUACCUACCGCUGCAUCUGCGACAGUGGCUAUGAGCUGGACGCAACUGGCAAGACCUGCAGCGACAUCAACGAGUGCGAGCUGGAAAUGUCCCUGUGCAGCGGUGGCCAAUGUAGAAAUACCCCUGGUAGCUUUCAAUGUGUCUGCCCAACGGGAACAAGAUUCAACAGCGCCAAUCAGAUGUGUGAGGACAUAGACGAGUGCGACGAGCUCGGUGCAGACGUCUGCAUCAACGGCAUCUGCAUCAACACCAAAGGUUCGUACCAGUGCGAGUGCUCCAACGGUUACAUCCUGGAUAACACUGGCCACAUCUGCAUGGAUAACCGACGAGGCACCUGCUGGACGAAGAUCAUCGAGGGCAGAUGUGAGAAUAACUUCCCCAGGUUGGCCCUGAAAUCGGAGUGCUGUUGCUCGGUUGGAGUCGCCUGGGGUAGCCCCUGCGAGAGCUGCGACUACUCCCUCUGCGAGUGCUCCAAAGGAUACGCUAAAGUCGAUGGAAAAGCUUGUGCUGACAUCAAUGAGUGUGAACUUAAUACUGGCAUCUGCAAGGGGGGAGGAACCUGUGUGAACACCGAUGGAUCUUACAGAUGUGAAUGCCCCCCUGGGCUCACCCUGGAUGCCACUCACACGACCUGCAUCGACACCAGACAGGAGACGUGCUACAUGGAAUAUCGUCAUGGUCAGUGCACCAGCUCCAUCGAAGGUAGAUUCUCCAAGAGCAUCUGCUGUUGCUCAGUGGGGAGGGCCUGGGGCGGUGACAAGUGCGAACUGUGCCCGAAAACUGGCACCCAGAUGCACUCGGAGUUGUGCCCCAAGGGGGAUGGCUUCACUGAUAAAGUUGAUAUCAAUGAGUGCAUCGAGUUCCCGGGGAUGUGCCUCAAUGGGAGGUGCAAGAACACAGUGGGAAGCUACAGCUGUCGAUGUAAUCAAGGGUAUGCUCUUGAUGAGAAUGAGAUCAAGUGUAAUGAUAUUGAUGAGUGCGAGAUAAUGCGAGGUGUCUGUGGAAAUGGAACUUGUGUGAAUACUCCUGGUACCUUUCAGUGUGAAUGCGAUGAGGGAUACAGAGGAUCCGACAUCAUGAAGGUGUGCAUGGACAUCAAUGAGUGUGAGGAGACACCGGGAUUGUGCCGGGGGGGCACCUGCAGGAACGUCGAGGGGGGCUACAAGUGCCUCUGCCCACCAGGUCACGAGCUCAGUCCUGAUAAGCUGUCCUGCAAGGACAUCGACGAGUGCUCGAGGACCAGCGGCAUCUGCUCCAACGGCGUCUGCGAGAACAUGAUGGGGACAUACCAGUGCAUCUGCGACGAUGGCUUCCGGCAAACGGGCCUCAAGUCCCAUUGCGAGGACAUCAAUGAGUGUGCGGUUAACAAUGGUGGCUGCGAGGAUAUCUGCACCAACACUCCUGGUAGCUUCAUGUGCUCCUGCGGGCCUGGACUGGCCCUCAACCUGGACGGAAAAACCUGCUCCGACAUCGACGAGUGCAAGGACAACCCGAGAAUAUGUAAUGGGGGUAAAUGCACUAAUUUAGCUGGAAGUUACUCCUGUCACUGCAUCGCUGGUCUUCUACCCGGAGCAGAUGGAACUUCCUGCAUUGACAUCGACGAGUGUGUGACACAGCCCAGGAUCUGCGGGUAUGGAGAGUGCAGGAACACCAUUGGAUCCUUUGAUUGCCGGUGUGAGGAGGGAUACUCUGUGAAACCGGACUCUGGGCCUGACUGCACUGACGACGAUGAGUGUCUCCUCAAUGAUCACUCCUGCAGUGAAUUCGCCGCGUGUCAAAAUACCCCGGGGUCUUACCAAUGCACAUGUCACGAUGGAUUCACGGGGAAUGGGAUCGAGUGCAGGGACAUCAACGAGUGCCUUGUCAACAAUGGUGGAUGCGACAUGAAUGCCCAGUGCAUCAACACCGAGGGCUCCUUCAAGUGCGUCUGCGACGCUGGAUUCAGGGGUGAUGGGUACAGCUGCCGGGAUAUUGACGAGUGCACCGAUGAUCCCACGUUGUGUGAGAAUGGACACUGUUUCAAUUAUCCCGGGUCCUUCAGGUGUGAGUGCGAAAUGGGAUUCAAACAUCCUGAUGAGAAUAACGAGCAGGCUUGCAUUGAUAUCAAUGAGUGCGAUAUGUUCCGGAAUCUUUGUGUUUACGGAAAGUGCGAGAAUAUCUUCGGGAUGUUCAGGUGUGAGUGUGAUGAUGGUUAUAAAUUAGAUGGGUCUUGGGGGAACUGCACCGAUAUUGAUGAAUGUGAGAGUCCACAGGCAUGCCAGUACGGAAGGUGUGUCAACACCCAGGGAACAUACAGAUGUGAAUGCCCAAUAAAUCAUGAUCUCGUUGAAGCUGGAAACGCCUGUGUCGACCGUCGUGAGUCCUUAUGCUUCACCGGUGAGGAGCACGGCACGCGUCGUCCCCAAUGUGUCUUCGACAUGUCGUCGGCGGUGACGAAAGCCACCUGUUGCUGUAGCAUCGGUAACGCUUGGGGGACACGUUGUGAGCAGUGCCCGGAAGUGGGUACCAGAGAAUUCGAGGAACUCUGCCCAGGUGGUCCUGGCUACCGUCCCAACCGAGUGACAGUCAUCCUGGAAGACAUCAACGAGUGCGAGGAGCAUGAGAAUCUGUGCCAGAACGGCCACUGCACCAACACCUUCGGCAGUUUCAUGUGCUCCUGCAACGAGGGCUUCAUCCUCGACGGGACUAAGACCAGCUGCAUCGACAUCGACGAGUGCUCCCUUCAUCCCCAGAUCUGUGGUGUCGGUUACUGCAUAAAUGAUCAAGGGAAGUACCAUUGCGAGUGCCCGGAGGGCUACAUGUCGAUGCCAGGGGGUAAAGAGUGCGUUGACAUGCGAAAGGAACUCUGUUACAUGAAAUAUGAGGAUGGCCAGUGCAGCCACUCGAUGGUCCAUCCACAAACGAAAAUGCUGUGCUGCUGUUCGAUGGGAGCUGCCUGGGGUCAGCCAUGUGAGAGAUGUCCAGGUGAGAGAACUCGAGAGCACGAGAUACUUUGUGGUAUGGUACCGGGACAAAUAAUGAAUCCCAUCACCAAUCACACGGAGGAGAUCGACGAGUGCUCACUGAUGCCUACCAUGUGCACCCACGGCAGGUGCAUCAACACUCCUGGUAGCUUCGAGUGUCAGUGUGACGUAGGUUACAUUUACGACGAGGACUCCCACCAGUGCAUUGACGAGAACGAGUGCCAGCAGACGCCGAAUCCAUGUGCUGGUAAUGCUCAGUGCAUCAACCUUCAGGGUACCUUCGAAUGCAGAUGUCCAGCUGGUUAUAAACUGGGUAUAAGUCAGCGGAGCUGUGUGGACAUCGACGAGUGCUUCGAGAGACCUGGAAUCUGUGCCAACGGUAUCUGCAACAAUCUCCAAGGAAGUUUCCAAUGCGUCUGCCAUUUGGGCUUCGCCCUGACUCGAGACCGAGACUCGUGCGUUGAUAUCGACGAGUGCCAACGGAAUCUCAACAUCUGCAACAACGGCACCUGCAUCAACACCCUGGGAUCCUACAAGUGUCAGUGCUACGAAGGCUUCAAGCUCAGCCCCAACAACGACUGCGCGGACAUCGACGAGUGCAGGGUAAUGCCGUUCUUGUGUAGAAAUGGAAGGUGUAAGAACUUGAUCGGAUCCUUCGUCUGCGAGUGCGCUGAUGGAUACAUCCUAGCGCAGGACGGACAACACUGCCGGGACAUUGAUGAGUGCGUGGAGAUCCCGGGGCUCUGUCCGUACCCUGGUAAAUGCCAGAACCUCAUGGGCUCGUACAUCUGCAGCUGUCCACCCGGGUAUGAACUUGACAGUACUAAAAAACGAUGUAUCGAUGUUGAUGAGUGCAUCGAGACCCGAAACAUCUGUGAGAAUGGCAAGUGCAUCAAUACCGAGGGCGGCGUCAUCUGCGAGUGCCCAGAAGGCUUCAAACUCAGUGACAAAUGGAACUCGAUGACGUGUGUGGAUGUCAGGGAGGAGCAGUGCUAUGAUAAAUUCAGGAGGGGUCAGUGUACAGCCCCCAGGAUGGGGGGCAUGACGAAGAAGCACUGCUGCUGUACGAUGGGCAAAGCCUGGGGGAGGAACUGUGAGAUGUGCCCCAGGGAAGGUACAGAAGAUUUCAAGAGCCUGUGCCCGGAAGGCCCAGGGAGAGACGACACUGGUGUUGAUCUGAAUGAGUGUCUGUUCAUGCAGGACGUCUGUCACGGUGGCGACUGCAUCAACACAGAUGGAUCCUUCAGGUGCGAGUGUCCAUCUGGCUAUACCUUGGACGAGACUGGAAGGAGAUGUGUAGACCAUAACGAGUGCAUUCACAAUCAGAACAUCUGUGGAAAUGGAACAUGCUCCAACGUCGAGGGUGGGUUUGAAUGCUCCUGUGGCAAUGGCUUCGCCCCGGGGGCCAAUCAGGUCUGUGAGGAUGUCAACGAAUGUUUGGAGAUGGGAAAUCAAUGUGCCUUCAGGUGUCACAAUGCGCUUGGGUCCUUCAGGUGCAUCUGUCCAUACGGAUAUGUCCUAGCUGCUGAUGGACGACACUGUAUCGACGUGGACGAGUGCUCCACACCUGCGAAUAACUGCAAGUUUCAAUGCAAGAAUCUCAUCGGCAGCUUCAUGUGCAUCUGUCCACCUGGAUAUCAGCAGAUCGGUAUGACUGACGAGUGUAAAGACGUUGAUGAGUGCUCAGUUAAUUCUGGACUGUGUAGGAAUGGACAGUGUGUCAAUCUCGAAGGAAGUUAUCAGUGCAGGUGUUACGAUGGCUUUGAACAGAGCUACGAUGGAAAGUCCUGUAUUGACAGAAGGGUUGGGUACUGCUUCCUGAGGACAAUAGGUGGUAGAUGUACAGCGAGAACGUCUGAGUUGAGAACUGUCACCAAAGCUGACUGCUGCUGCACCAUGGGCGCUGCAUGGGGCACUCACUGCGAGCUCUGUCCUUCCAGGGAUUCCGAUAAUUAUAACGAGCUGUGUUUGGACAAAGGGUUCUCCCUGGAUGGACAGGACAUUGAUGAGUGUCGAGCUAUUCCAGAUUUAUGUCGGGAUGGAAUGUGCAUCAAUACGUUGGGAUCAUUCAGGUGCAUUUGUAACAAGGGAUAUCGUGCCGACAAGACUGGGACGCAGUGUCUUGAUGUCAAUGAGUGCGAGUUAAUACCGAGUCCCUGCAAAUUCAGCUGCCAAAAUACAGAGGGAAGCUUUACGUGCUCCUGCCCUGUCGGCUUCAUCCUGAAUUCUGAUGGAGUUGGCUGCAGGGAUCUUGAUGAAUGCGCUACGGGAAAUCACUUGUGCCAGCAGAAGUGCAUCAAUACGGAGGGGAGUUACACCUGUGCUUGCAGGGAUGGGUACACUCAGCAUGGAGAUGCUUGUCACGAUAUCAAUGAAUGUGAACAACAUGGAACGUGCCCCAAACCUGGAACAUGCAUCAACACCCUCGGGAGCUUCAGGUGUAUCUGCCCAAGAGGUUUCAAACUCGAUCACACUGGAAAAUUCUGUACUGAUAAUAACGAAUGCAGUGACGACGGAUCGUGUGAGCACGGAUGUCAGAAUUUCAUGGGAACUUAUCGCUGCGGAUGUCCGGAAGGAUUCGUCCAGCAUCUCUACUACAAUCAGUGCAUCGAUGAGAACGAGUGUCUCAGUUCGCCCUGCGGGGAGACCAACUGCAUCAACACUUUGGGGAGCUACAAAUGCGGAUGUCCAGAUGGACAUCAGUUUGAUAACAAUCGCCAGAAUUGUGUUCAGGUGAGUCCUGGGUGCAUGGGAAGUCCGUGUGCUUUUGGCUGCAUGUCAACCGGCUCCAACGGGUUCCUAUGUGGGUGUCCAAACGGAUAUCAACGAAUUGGACAGGGGCACUGCCUGUCGACGAUAACUCCGAUGGCUCAGGGAGGCUUCAGGGAGGACAUAGGGAACGUUCCCACUUUCGUCAUAAAUCCGGAUCCUUAUCACAUCCCCCCGGCGGAUGACAAAAUCAUCUCCACGGAGGGAUGCUUCUCCUGCAAGAUCAAUGGAAAGGAGAGACACAGGAGAGGGACGAAAAUUCGUCACGGUAAUCACACCCUCGGUCUGAGACAUCUCUCACCGAGGAAUAGAAAAUUGGGACAGUUGUCUAAGAAAUCUAUAACUCGAAAGGCCAGAAGGCAUCAUCAUGGAGAAGAGUACGUGAUGAAGGUCAAUCUUAGGCAAACGAAACAUAAAAUGAGGAUAAUCAAGUUACAGCCAGCGCUCAAGGACGAAAAAAUGGAGUACACAAUAGUAAAAGGUAACAAAGCAAACCACUUCGAGGUGGCUGUGGACAAUGGAGGAAUUUGGGCUCUUCACUUCAGGCACCAAUUGAAGAAAAUCGGGGAAUUCAAGGUCGUCAUCCACGGAAAGCCCGUCAACGGUAUAACAGCUGCGAACGAAAUUUGGGAGAAACCCCUGACAUUCAGAGUGCACAUAAUCGUGACAGGGUAGAAGCAUUUGUUGAAAAGUCGAAACACUAUUUUCCAAACUCCACUAAAAAAUACAAAUAGAGUUGCAGCAUUGACCGUUGGAAUAUACUCAGAACCCGAGGAUGUGCUGCGAGAAUUUUCCACUGCCAGAAUAUAUAUCGUAUUUGUUUAGCUAGAACCGAAACGCUUGUCAAGUAUUCAAUGCGAAAAUAUGUUCGAUGAAAUUUGUGUUCAGACUAUAAUUGUCUCGUAAAAACUAUUUAAAAAACGAAUUAUAACGCGUAAGAAGAGAACUGGAGGUGAGAGCGAAGGAGGCAGAGAUUAACUGGUUUAACUAGGGGCCAAAGUGUUCACCGAGUUGUUUCAACUCCCAAUGAUAUUCCAACUUCAUUUAUGUAUUUUUAUACCAAACUGCGAUCUAUUAAUCACGAAGUUGUCGAUACUGGGAGAGUUAUGCACGUGUUCCCUUCGAUAUAUUUUUUUCAUAGUUUUUUUUCUCUCAUUAGUGUACAAAUAAGCCAAUUGAAAGAUUAUAUAUGUAGAAUUUUAAUUUUUAUCCAUUAGAUCAAUUGAGAAUACAUGUUAUUUAUACCAGAAAACAA